AUGGUGAUCUGCGCACAUUGCUGGGAUAGGCAAGCUGUGCAUCGUAAGAAGCCUCGGCCUGGUGACUUGCCACACGAGAAGACGAAUCACAACGUGGCCAAGACGAUCAAGGACGUGCUCACGCCAGACCUGACCGAUGCUGCUCGUGAAAAGCUCCACAACGACGAUUUCGACACUACGUGGUUUGGCAUCAUCCGGGAUGGUUCAGAGCUCCCUUUGAUAGCGGACUAUGGGCGUUAUUCAAGCCUUAUAGCAAGGAUCAAGGAACUACGGACAGAUCCCGACGCAAUCACCUCUCCGACGACCUCUACUGCGGACGCAUUGUAUCCGAGUCUCGUGUCCUUUGUAGGGCAGACAGGAGCUGGCAAGAGUACCCUGAUCAAGCUACUUAUUGACCUGAACAUCGAACCAGAUGAUCCCAAAUUCACCACACCAGUCGUGGGUGCUCACGGCCGCGAUGUCCCGACUUCAGAAGAUGUCCACUUGUACCUGGAUCCGGACUCCUGCAUGUCAAGAUCACAAACGCCAUUGCUUUUCGCGGACUGCGAAGGCCUUGACGGCGGCGCUAGGGAUCCCGUGGGAGCCAAGGCCCGUCGGCAGAUGCGAGAUCAAGCCAAAGGAGAUGCAUCCGCCGCUGGAGCUCGCAGGAGACGGCGAAUGAAACCAAUGUCUGAACGGCAGCUACUCUGGGCCGAUUCUGACUCCAAGAAGACCCGAGAGUACGCCGUUGCCAAUUUGUAUCCUCGUUUGCUCUACACCUUCUCGGAUGUCAUCGUUUUCGUUCUCAAGAAUCCCAGAACUAUCGAGGGUGUUGUGGAGCGCCUAGUAGAUUGGGCUCAGAAAGCCCUCGAGGAAUCUUCGAACCAGCCUGUCCUUCCACAUGUCAUCAUCGCGCUGAACGCAGCAGAGAACGAUAUUCCGGAAGAGCAGUGGGACGUCGACCGGGCCACUAUCUCGCUCAUGGCCAGUGUAGCAGGAGCCGUGGAGAACAAUCAGACUUUGAAGCGGCAUGCCAAAUUCUGGAAGGACAGAGAUCGCCAAGUGGGCUCCGUGGAACAGCUGGUUCUGUCCUACUACAGCUCUGUCAGGGUUGUUCGCAUCCCCACUGAUGGUAUACCCAACCUCAUUCAAGGACAGGUCAAGAAGCUCUCGGCUGAGAUCAGCAAGUCGUGUCAAGCUGCACGAGAGAAGAAAGCCGAGCUUCGCAUGCUUCUCAACGCAGACGAGCUGGAACCUUACCUUCAAGUGGCUUUCGACCACUUUGCGAAGAACCUGGACGAGCCUUUCGACUUUGUGCAAGCAGCAUUCACGAAUAGCCCUAUUCCUAAUGACUUUGGCGGGAACAUACUCAAGCUUGCGAUUCAAGUCAUGAACAGCUGGGCCGAGCUGCAGCGGGGUCCGUUCAUCUUCGAAGAACUCAGCUUUGUCAUUGCCUCUUGCAUAAUGCUCAACUUGGCUCGUAACCGGUAUCUUGGAAGGCCGGAUGAAACUUAUCCUGAAUACUCGGACCAUGUCGACAAUGCGCUAGAGAACUUCUGUGAUCGCCACUGGAGAUGUGAGUUCAGCAGUGCGAAAGGAGAGCGAUGUGUCAACGUUCGCAGUGGUCACGGAGCCAAAGGACACCAAUUGAAGUCUGGCAAGCUGCUUGCAGCCGGCGACUACGAAUCGAAGUUCAACUUUCAUGACUACAGGGAGAAAUUCCAGAGAGACGUAUACGACAAACUGGUCGCUCUUCAUGCCAAAGUCCUGGAACGGAAGCAAGAGGAGAGGUCUGAAGAUAAAGCGGCUGCUGAGAUCCACAAGGAGCUGAUUCUUCUCCCGUUCUUCGAACACGCCUUUCGAGGCGAUCAGGAAGCCAAUAUCAGUCACUCGGUGUGCUACGUCUGCCUGUUCGAGUCACCGGAGCACGCGCUACCAUGUGGUCACAUCAUCUGCGGGCCAUGCCUGAGGACCUAUGGCAAAGUUUACCUCAAUCGAUACGUGGAAAUAUCGGAGUGUCCCAUGGAGCCAAGACAUAACCGGUGGAGGAGUCCGUGGCAAGUAUACCUGAAGCCUGCAAGUGCGGGCGUGAGAGUCUUGACAUUAGACGGUGGCGGCGUGCGAGGUGUGGUGGAGCUCGAGAUUCUCAAACACAUUGAAAGGGAGCUAGGCGGACGCAUCAAUGUACAAAGCUUCUUUGAUCUUGUAGUCGGUACGAGCACUGGUGGCAUCAUUGCCCUGGGCUUGACAGCUCGCAACAUGACAGUUGCGCAAUGCGCCCAUUCGUUUGAAAGUCUAUGCAAACAGGCCUUCACAGCUCGCAAAGGCAUUAACGUGCCAGGAAUAUCGAAGCUUGUCGAACACUACAAUCAGUCCAAGUAUGAGACUCAUCCUUUUGAGGAGGCUUUGAAAUUAGCUUUCAAUGACAAGCAAUACUUGUUUGGAGGACAGCGCGAAGAGAGCGACCGAAUCGACAUCAAUGUUGCUGUGACGACGACAUCAGCGGCAGGUAGUAGUGUGGUGCUGUCAAACUACAAUCGCUUGUGUUUGGAAAAACUACCAUACCAAUUUCAGCGUCCUGAGAAGCCGUCGUCGGAGCUCCGGACAUGGGAAGCUGCACGCGCGACUUCAGCAGCACCGACCUAUUUCAAACCCUUCUGCCACGAGCCAUCAAAACGCACAUAUGCCGACGGAGGUCUAUAUCACAACAACCCGGUCGAAGUGGCGGACCAGGAACGGAAGCUACUGUGGCCAGCGCUGAAAGACGCCGAACCAGACAUUAUCGUCUCUCUUGGCACAGCGUAUUCUCCGAAGUACAAAGAUGGAGACUCCACGAAAUGGCGACCUCUGCGCCCAGGUUUCCUAGCACAGGGGAGAUAUUUGUCCAAACUGGCCCAUGACCACGUCAAAAUGUCGCUUGACUCCGAGCGAACGUGGGAGAAUUACCUAAGGAUCAAGCAGCCGACAGCCGAAAACAGGAAGCGAUAUAUCAGGAUCAACCCGAAGCUGCCUGAUAAUUUACCAAAACUGGACGAAGUGGACAAAAUGGAAAUCUUGAAGGAAGCGACCAGACUGCACCUGGACUCAAAUCCGAUGAUCAAGACCCUGGCCCAGCGUCUGGUGGCCACAUGCUUCUACUUCGACAGUGGGCCAGCUCAUGAAGUCCCGAACGCGGACACAUUCGAGGUGUCGGGUCAGUCGCAUCGAAACCAUCGAAAUUGCGGUCCAUAUAAUCACUAA